GGAGCGUCUUUGUGUGUGUUUCUAUCCCCGGGAGGAAACAAGAGGAACGCACACACAGAGGAAUAAUAAUAAUAAUAAUAAUAAUAAUAAUAAUAAUAAUAAUAAUAAUAAUAAUAAUAAUAAUAAUAAUACACAACACGUCGGCUCUUGAGCGGGUGAUACGGAUGUCUUCCCCUCGUUUUGUGGUUUGGGAAAAUGAGGAGCACCUCGCGUACCUGCACCCCAACCCCUGCACCCCGGGGCUCACCAUCCUGCAGCAGAAACUCCGCCCGGGUGAGGGGGACCCCCUCAGCCUCUUCCAGCUGCCUCUCCGCGGCUACACUGAGCUGCUGCUCGGGGCGCGGGCAGUGGCUGGGCUCCUGUGCCAGCGUAUCCCCGUGACCCGCUGUGCCCUGAUCUCCGAACCAGAGCCCCCGACCCGACUCAAGCUGGUCCCCCUCCACGGCUUCGGACCGGAUUGGGAGCCCCCCAGUCUCUCGGGGGACCUGGAAUUCAAUGCAGAGUACCCAGGAUACUGCUGCUCCAAGAAGGGCCCGCGGGCCACUGAUUUGGAGCUGGACCGGGUCCAAUCCCGGGUCAGAGCCCAGCUGGAGUCCCGCGCCGUCAGCUACCGCUUCCUAGGGGACCCGGGAGACCCCAGGCUGUUCGCCCGGAUCGUGAGGGGCGUGGAGGAGCGGCAGUGGCGGGUGUGGGAGGAUGAGAAUCACGUGGCUUUCCUCACCCCCUUCCCCAACACCCCUGGCUACACCUUGGUGGUCCCCAGGCAGCCCCUCCCCAGCGACCUCUUCAGCCUGGAGCAGGAGGAGUUCGUGAGGCUGGUCCAGGCCGUCCGGAGAGCCGCCCGGGCGCUGAGAGAGGGCCUGGGGGCGGAGAGAUGCGUUCUGAUCUUCGAGGGCUGCCAGGUCGAUUACGCCCACGCCAAACUGGUCCCAGUGAUCAAAACGCCUCGGCAGCCCCCAGAGGAGAAGGAGGAGGAGGAGGAGGAGGAGGAGGAGAGUCUGCACCCCCCGUCCGAAUUCCACAGCUCCUACCCUGGCUACGUCACGUCCGCGGACGGGCCCGCAGCUUCUGAAGAGGAUCUGCAGCAGCUGCACGCCCGCGUCCGCUCCAGCCAGCCCCAGACACAGGCUUCUUAAAGGGUACGCAGAGAUUUCUAACUGCACACCCGUCCUGCGCUGCCAUUGGCUCACACGGCUCUCUGACGUGGAGUUUUGAAAGAAACACGUAGUUUAUUAUUAUUAUUAUUAUUAUUAUUAUUAUUAUUAUUAUUAUUAUUAUUAUUAUUAAUUUCUUAGCAGACGCCCUUAUCCAGGGCGACUUACAAUUGUUACAAGAUAUCACGUUAUUUUUACAUACAAUUACAUUAUUAUGUUUAACUGCUGUCAUUUUUUGUAUUCAUGUUUUAAUAUGUAAUACAAAUAUUUUAAUUAAAAAAAGU